AUGUAUUGGCAAGUGAUUCAGUUUGGAUAUCCGCAAUUUCUUGCCAUUAUGAGAAAUGGUAAACCAUUUGUAAUAAGAAAAAAUGGUUUACACGAGCCUUGGUACAGUGUCACUCAUCUCAGAUAUGACAUUGCCAAAUUACUUUUCACAGAUGUUGAUGGCAGAGAUUACAAUUACCUCCAGUGUGACGUAGAAUUGUAUGAAUUAAUUGUCGUAACUGAGUUUAAGUUUAAGUGUAGGAAGGUCUGGUUUGACGGCAAACUUUGCUGGAGACUACCGUCCGAUGCUAAGGAAUUUCCUAAAUAUUUGGCAUUUCACCUGAGAUAUAAUCAAAUGUAUCUUAUGUUCUCUAAAUUAAGGAUGGAGAGACUGGAUUUGGAGAAUCCUCAGGUCGAUGAUGGUGAGAUUGAACGUCCUGUGUCUCUAAAAAGAAGAGUUCAAAAUGAUAAUAGAAUAGUUAACAAGGCUAAAAAACCUCGUAAAAAUGAGUUAAUUCCGGUUCAAAAUGCUAUAGAGCCCAGUAUAGAGGAGGUUGACGGUGGCUCCACCAGCCUCAAUAUACCCAGGCUUGAGCCUAUAGAGCAGCAAUCUGAAAAUUGUUCAAUACCUCAAGAAAUGACAUUAGAAAGUUCUAAUUUACCUAAUAUUGUUAUUAGAAUUGAAUUACUGGGAAAGAAUGACAGGGACAUACUAAGGUUGUUCCAGGAAAACUGGCACAAAAUUAUCUUAUGCAAUGGAUAUAAUUCGACUUCUAAUAAUAACAUUUACCGUUACAAGCUUGAUAAAAAGUUCCUGAGCAAGAGGUUUAGAAGGAAUUGUGUUAGAGAACUUAUUGAAUCAAUUGACUUCUACAGGGAACAGAAGAUUUUAGUCUUCGGAACUCCCACCAAAUUCUCUGUGUACAGGCUGGAAAACAACAAGUGGACCGAGGAACACUAUGUUAUUCCACCGAUAAAACUGUGCAGAAGGGGAAAUUCCAGUGGAUCUGCUACAUUGUCCAGUGACCAAUACAGUAUCGAGUUAACCAUGGUAGGAGGUAUACAUUUUGUGUUUAGAGUAAAAGAGGGUAUGAAAUGUGUCGAGGUAAAGUUCGGAGAUCGUCCUGUAUGGAGGAAUAAUAAUAAAAACCCAAACUUUAUCAGGACUUUGGUGUACAGUUUGACAGAUGGCAGCAUGUUGGUGGAGAGUAACAGAUUUGUUAAGUGUACAAAGGUGAAUAAUAAAUGGAUUAAUGAGUCUCAAAAGCCUUGGUAUUUAAGGCAUUACGCUGAGGACCUGGGUGGGUUAAUUCCAAUUUACAUGGACAGUGUGAUUCAAGGAAAUGGACAAAAGUUCUUACUUGACUAUCAAAAUGUAGAAUUUGACCUUGUUAAGUACCGUGAAAAUGUUAUUUGGAGGCGUAAUCCAGGUCAGUCAAUUCCCGAAACUGUAAAAUGUUACUUUGGAUAUGCCAUCAGACUACAUCUCCAAUUUCAGCAUAAAUUUACUUAUUACGUACUGAAAAGAGAUGAGCUUACUGAGGAACACUAUCCAAUUCCACCAAUCAGACUACUCAGUGAAUACGAGGGUAACACUAGAGAACUAAGUUCCGAAGAUUAUAGUGUACAACUUAGUGUCAGGGGUGAUGUUAAAAUUGUUUAUACUCUCACAAAUGGAGUGUGUACCCUUGUUAAAUAUGCUGAUAGAGUAAUUUGGAGUUGUAGAACUGGUGAGGAACCACUCCAUGUAGUUUACGCCAUAGAUAGUGGAAGAAUUGAAAUUAUUUUUGAGGAUAAAAUCCUUUUACUCUAUUCAAAAAAUCCCAACUCUAUUGUACAAACCAUCGAAAUUCCGCCUGAACUUACCUUGCACAAGAGAAAUGAACUGGGAGAAACUGUACAACUCAGUCCUCUAGAGUACAGAGUCCAGUUAUGUUAUAAAUCUGGAUUGAGAUACACGCCUAACGAUGACAUUAUUUGUACUGAACUUAGACACAAUGGGACAGUAGUCUGGAACUACACUGAAGGAGAACCCCAACCCCUAUCAUUCAUUUACCACCUUAAAAAUUUGAGAAUUUCCGUAAAGCUCCACUAUAAACCUUCGCUACAGUAUCAACUCCAACACAACCAAUGGAUCCUUACCACACACAACAACAAUUAA